AUGAGUUUACGGUUUCCGACUGUCCGGGAAGGCAACUUCAAGUUUAGACCUGACGUCACCCGGAAGCGGGGGACGGGGGGCGGAGCCCGGGAGAAGAUGGCACCUCUUCGCUGUAGGCGAGAUCCCUGCGGCGUUAUCUGCCUGAUUUUAACUUACUUCAGCGUGUUUUACGCGGACUAUGUGGUUAUACAAUAUGUGCUCAUCCCCGCGUACUCGGACAGUGUGUGGUGCACUCUCCAUGGCUCAGUGUUCAACCUGAUUCUGCUGCUGCUGCUUGCCUGCCACUCCAAAGCUGUCUUCUCAGAUCCUGGUAUGGUGCCUCUUCCUGACACAGCCAUCGACUUCUCGGACCUCCGCUCUCAGUCGUCUCGGAUGAACGAGCGGGGCUGUGAAGGCUGGACGGUUUGCAGUCGCUGUGAAACCUACAGACCUCCCAGAGCGCAUCACUGCCGCGUCUGCCAGAGGUGCAUACGCCGCAUGGACCAUCACUGUCCCUGGAUCAACAAUUGUGUCGGGGAGCUAAACCAGAAGUACUUCAUCCAGUUUCUCUUCUACACUGGUAUGGCCAGUCUGUACUCCAUGGUGCUGGUGGUGUCGGCGUGGGUGUGGCGGAUAAGGAAUGAACGAGGCGGUGAUGCGGAGAAGGAAGGAGAGGAGGUGCCCAGCAAACACCUGAUAGUGGCGCAUUACAUCAUCCUCCUGGUGGAGUCGGUGCUGUUUGGUGUGUUUGUCAUGGUCAUCUUCUACGAUCAGCUGGUCUCCAUAAUCACAGACGAGACUCCCAUCGAGCAGAUGAGAAACAGGCUGAUGAUUAAGGACAGAAGCGCUUCCUCCUCUUCGUCGUCCUCCUCCUCGCAGCUGCCUCACCACCCUUCACACACCCGCAAACCAAAGCUGGCCCUGCUGCGGGAGGUCUUUGGAAGAGGGUCGGUUUUUUGCUGGCUUCUCCCGCUCCACUCCAGCCCGCCGUCAGUCGGUGGCAUCACCUACUCCGCCCUGCCCGACUACGACGUCUGACCUGUGAGCCGCGAGCGCAAGGGAGGACGGAGAAUAAAGGGAAGGCGAGGGAGGUUUCUGUGUGUGUGUGUGUGUGUGUGAAUGAAUUUUCUGCCUGUUUACGAUGUUUUAUCUCUGGAACUGAGGGGUGAGC